AUGGCGGCGCACGCCGACAAGUACCAGCGCGUGGCCGUCUCCUCGGCCAUGACGAAGAUCGCGGCGAAGAGCGACAGCUUCUACGAGGACGGGAACACGCUGCGGGCGACGAUCGUGCAGUUCGCCAAGGACAUCAACGGCCUCGACGUGAGCGCCGCGGCGAAGAAGACGGCCAUGGAGUCGCUCAUGGACACGAUGCGGACGUCGCUGUCGACGAAGCACGAGAUCGACGCGUUCCUCGCCGCGAUGAAGAAGCUCCAGGACGAGGCGGCGAACGGCGACUUCGACGACUGCGACGACGACUUCCUCGACGUCGUGAGCAAGGCGCUCCAGGCCCAGAUCGCCGCCUACGGCGCGCCGGACGUCGAGCUCGACGGCCAGUUCAAGAAGAUGCGCAAGGUCUGCGCGCCCGUGCUCGGCGGGGGCGACGACGACUCCGACGAGGAGAUCCAGGUCGACGAGACGCAGGCGGACCAGGAGGCCGACUUCAAGUGCCCCAUCACGACGGGCCUCUUCGUCGACCCCAUGAUCUCGAAGACGUGCGGCCACACGUUCUCGAAGAAGGCGGCCAUGUCGUACUUCCACAAGACCAUACCGAAGAAGUGCGCCGUCUUCGGCUGCGCCCAGCUGCUCACGCAGGCGGACUUGAAGAAGGACAAGGAGAAGGAGGUCGCGCUCAAGUCCUACCAGGCCAAGAUGAAGCGCGCCGCCGCGUCCCAGCGCGACGCCGUCGAGAUGGACGACGACGACGACGAGUGA